CACUACUCGCAAUAUUAUUGGCAUCAUCGGGAACGUUAUAUGUCUGGUCUUGUUCUUGUCACCUUUCCCUACAAUAGUGAAGAUAUGGAAGGAGGGAACAGUGGCACAAUACUCAUCAGCUUAGCCAUUGAGGUUGUCUUCUUGUUUGUAUUCUUGUUUUACUCGGACAAGAGGAAGAGAUUCGCGUUAGCCCUCGUCAUCUUGGCCGAGCUCAUUUUUAUGGCAGUUCUUGCCGCUCUCGUCAUUACCCUUGCGCAUUCUUGGAGACUCCGAUCCGCUAUUAUUGGAACCAUUGCUGCUAUGGCUAGCAUUGCCAUGUAUGCUUCUCCUCUCGCAAGCAUGAAGUUGGUGAUCAGCACGAAGAGUGUGGAGUACAUGCCUUUCUCGCUUUCACUCUGUUCCCUGCUCAACAGUCUUUGCUGGACUCUUUAUGCUCUGGUUGGAAUAGAUCUGUGCAUUCUGGUGCCGAAUGGGAUAGGAGUGCUACUUGGGCUGGCUCAAUUACUAUUGUAUGCAAAGUACUACAAAUAUUCCAAUAGAGGAGGAGGUAUUGAAAAGAAGCAAGUUCAUGUAGAGGUUGACUUGAGUGAGCUGCCAAACGGGAAACCAUUCAAUGAUGCUUGAAGCAAUGUGUGUAUGGUACUUCUUUGGUAGUAGUAGGCCAUGGAGGGUCGGCAUUGGGUGUCCGAUUUGGCAGCCGCCGGUCUCGAGUCGAAACCCCGCCCCACCCCACCCCGAUCGGGACUCGACGUGAUCGACAUUUGUACGCCGACCUCCACGGCUAGCAAGUUUUGAACUUUUUUUCUUUUCGAUUGUUGGUUCUGCAUUUAAUAAAAAAUAUUAUUGAAUCUU